AUGGUGAAAGGAAGGGAAGGAGAGAGAGUCGGACUCUACAUCCGAGGAACAAUUCCCGGCUACAAGAGGUCUAAAUCCAACCAGUACCCGAACACUUCAUUACUCCAGAUCAAGGGUGUUAAUUCCAAGGAUGAGGUUUCCUGGUACCAAGGAAAGCGAUUGGCUUAUAUCUACAAGGCUAAAGUGAAGAAGAAUGGGACACAUUAUCGUUGCAUUUGGGGUAAGGUCGCUGGGCCUCACGGUAACAGUGGCAUUGUUAGAGCGAAGUUCAUGUCUAAUCUACCGCCAAAGUCCAUGUUAUGUAGGGUCAGAGUAUUCAUGUACCCCAACAACAUUUAA